GCGUGCCUCCGACCUACAUUUCCCAGGAAGCAUCGCGACACGGACCGCCGGCGCUGCGAGGCGGGGCAGGAGGGGGCUACGCUAGGGGGCCGAGGGGAGCUGUAGUCCGGCUCGAGAUCCCCACUCGCCGAGCUGUACAUUCUCGAAGGCUUGGGCUAGGGGGCGGAGGAGGGCCCCUCGCCCGCGACCGCGCCGAGAGUUUACAUCAGAAUCAACCUCUGCUGGCGACCCUGGGUCUGGCCCCUUAGCCGCGGAUCCCGGACAACAGCCUUUGGACCUGGGAAGUUGCAGUAUGCACGGCAACUGGUCCCUCCUGCUGUCCAGCUCCACCUCUGCCUCAGUUUCUCCCCCAUUGGCCCGCAUGCUGUUGGGAGGCGGUGCCACGCCCUCACUUCUCGGGCCGACCGAGCCGGAAGUGGGUGUGGCCUUUACGUUGCUACGCAGGCGCACAUUCUAACUGUUGGCAGCGGAAGGAAGAGGUAGCGAUGGCGGCGAUGGAGUCGGAAGUGCUGCCCCCGGCCUCUGCCCCCGAUUUGAAAUGGUACGAGAAAUCGGAAGACGCUCCUGAACCUCAGAUGGACCUGCUGGAGACCCACUGUGCCCAGGAACAGCCCAACCCUUCCGAACUCUUUUGUCCUAGAGACUGCUUGGUACCAGUGGUGUUUCCUGGGCCUGUGAGCCAGGAAGGCUGCUGCCGGUUUACGUGUGAACUUCUCAAGCACAUCAUGUACCAACGCCAGCAACUGCCUUUGCCCUACGAACAGCUCAAGCACUUCUACCGCAAAACAUCUCCCCAGGCGGAGGACAUAGCAAGGAAGAAACCUCGGACGGCCAGUGAGGCGAGCAGCAGGAAGUGUCAGCAAGCCCUGGCGGAGCUGGACAGUGUCCUUGGCCACCUGGAGGACCUCUUUGCCCGGACACUGGUACCACGAGUGCUGAUCCUCCUCGGGGGCAGUGCUGUAAGCCCCAAGGAGUUCUAUGAACUUGACCUGUCCCGGCUGGCCCCUCUCAGUGUGGACCAGAGCCUGAGCACGUCUGCUUGUCUGCGCCGGCUCUUCCGAGCCAUCUUCCUGGCUGAUGCCUUCAGCGAGCUGCAGGCUCCUCCACUCAUGGGCACCAUCAUCAUGGUUCAAGGUCACCGAGACUGUGGAGAGGAGUGGUUUCGACCCAAGCUCAACUACCGGGUACCUACCCGGGGUCACAAACUCACCGUGACCCUGUCCUGCGGCAGACCUUCUGUGCCAGCCUUGGCCUCUGAGGAUUACAUUUGGUUCCAGGCACCAGUGACGCCUAAGGGUUUCCACGAGUGACUGAGGGCACCUCUUGCUCUAGAAGCACACUGACUGCAUGCCGUCCCUGUGGCACCUGGUCACCGUCUCUUGUGAGUCUAGAGAUGGUGCUGCCUCCCUCGAGCUUUGGAUGGAGGUGUGACUGAGACAGAAAUCAUCAAGGAACAACCUCUCUAAAUCAAGUUGAUCUCCCAGAGGGUGCUGGUCAUGUUUGUUUGGGGUUGGAAAGCAAAGAUGGGGCACAGACAGACUCCUACUGAGGUGGCCUUUUCUGCUUUAUCUCUAUCCUUUCAGGAUUUUUGCCAGGUUAAUAAUGUGGCUCAUGAUGGAAGAAUUUAUAUAUGAAAUGAAUAGAAUCAUAUUAAAAUUUCUUGAAAUUAUUGACUCAAAAAAGACUUCAUUCAGCCUUUAGGCUAUUUUGUUUUUCUUCUGGGCCUCUUCAGCUUCAGAGUUUCCAAGAUUUUUUUACUAGUAAUUUUUUCUCUUCCUCAGCCCUAGGCCAGUCUAGAAAGUGAAAUGACUCCGUAUGUGGCUUGAUAGCAGAAUUGGGAUGAGAGUCCUUAUUGGAUAACUUCUAGCCCAGUGUUCUUUCCUUGCCACAUAUAGAUCUGUGUGAGCCUUAAGUUCCCCUUAUAUUUGUGUGCCCAGAGCAGAGAUGGAGUAAGAAACAGGCCUCUUCACAAGCCACACUGUGUCCGACUGCUCGGGAUCCUGUGGGGUUUUCUUCCCUCAGCCAUGUGUUUCCUGGAGCUCUGACCAGCCCUUCCCUGCAGUUUUUUGAUGGCUGCUGUCUGUAGCUAUUGGCAAAACCCUGCCCUCCUGCCUGUGGCGGUUUCUCUUCAGCUGUGUCUGACUUGGCCAUUGUGAACCUUGCUGGUGGCCUCUCUGGUUUGACAGCCCUGACCACCAAGGGUUAGUGCUCUUGGACCCUGGGGAAGAAAACCCCCUACUCGUUUCCUGGAAGCAAAUCGAGGACAGAAUCCUCACCUGGCUGGUGUUGGAGAUGGUGUGAUUGUACACAAAGGAGGACAGCAGUACAGAUGGUGCAAGGAUUUGGGGAUAGAUAAUAUAUGUAAAGUGCUGGAAACAGUAUCCGACAUGUAUGCAAGUUAUUUGUUUUUUUAUGUUGGGAAUUAAACUCAGGUC